AAUCGGCCCUAACGAUUCUCGGAUCGUCAUUAUUUGUAACCAUAGAGCAUGAAUUACCUCUUGAGGUCAUCAGUGAGAAUUUACGACUGGUCAACAAAAGCACGUGAUUCCCUAACGCCCCCCCAUCCCCCUUCCACCCCCCCAUAUUUGGCCGCAUACAUAGCAAAACGAAGUACAGUGCAUCGCUAUAAUUCAUUAAUACAUCAUAAAUCGUGAAGCACAGGGUUAUAACGACCACGAUCCACAAAUCAAGCCCUCCAAAAUCACCCAAAUGAGCUCGUACUUUGUAAACUCCUUCUCGGGGCGUUAUCCAAAUGGCCCGGACUAUCAGUUGCUAAAUUAUGGCAGUGGCAGCUCUCUGAGCGGCUCUUACAGGGAUCCCGCUGCCAUGCAUACCGGCUCCUACGGCUACAAUUACAAUGGGAUGGACCUCAGCGUCAACCGCUCCUCGGCCUCCUCCAGCCACUUUGGGGCGGUGGGUGAGAGCUCGCGCGCCUUUUCUGCGUCUGCCCAGGAACCCCGCUUCAGGCAGGCGACGUCGAGCUGCUCCCUGUCUUCGCCCGAGUCCCUGCCCUGCACCAACGGCGACAGCCACGGCGCCAAACCCUCUGCUUCGUCCCCUUCCGACCAGGCGACCCCGGCCAGCUCCAGCGCCAAUUUCACCGAAAUAGACGAGGCCAGCGCGUCCUCCGAGCCAGAGGAAGCCGCGAGCCAGCUGAGCAGUCCGAGCCUAGCUCGGGCACAGCCAGAGCCCAUGGCCACCUCUACAGCCGCGCCCGAGGGGCAGACUCCGCAGAUAUUUCCCUGGAUGAGGAAGCUUCACAUUAGCCACGAUAUGACCGGGCCAGACGGAAAAAGGGCCCGGACUGCCUAUACUCGCUACCAGACCCUAGAGCUGGAGAAGGAGUUCCACUUCAAUCGCUACCUGACCCGGCGGCGACGCAUCGAGAUCGCCCACGCGCUCUGCCUGUCCGAGCGUCAGAUCAAGAUCUGGUUCCAGAACCGGCGCAUGAAGUGGAAGAAAGACAACAAACUGAAAAGUAUGAGCCUGGCUACAGCCGGCAGCGCCUUCCAACCAUGAGCCCAUCCGGAGGAGCCCUGGGCAGCCCCAAGAGCCCGCGCCACCCCCAGUCCCAACCCCUCCAAUCCUCCCUGCACUGCCGCUGCCCGCUGGGGACCGGUUCCCACGAGCCUGCCUCGCUCCAGCCUUGUGUUACGAUUUUUCGUUUGGUCUUAGGUCUUCCUGUGGCUCCCUCUCUCCUGGACUGAUUAUCUUAUUAUUGUUAAUAAUAAUUCUUAUUUUCCCUCCACACUCCCCAUUUCCCUCUGCUUGCCCCAAAUCUGCCAGUGUUUCUGAAUGUUCUACUGUCUGUGGUUGUACUCCUCUGCCCCCACUCCCCAGGAAAAAAAGAAAUUCGCAUGUUUAAUGUGACUUUCCCCUCCCCAUCUGUGUUUUAACUUAUUUAUAAAAGGAUGAUCGCUGUAUUUUGAGUUCCAACUGGAAACUUCUAUAAGGGGCAGCAGUUGAGGUGGUGAAGUACCCAGCCCAGCUGAGCUGGCCUGGGAGAUGGAGUCCAUGACAGUCUCUUUUUCACCCUUCUCAUUCUCCUUGAGCCCUACUUCCUAGGCCCAAGUCUCCUAGUGACUUGUUCCUGGGGUAGGAAGAGGCCAGGGAAGGACCAAAGUAGUGAUGCUGAGAAGAGAGAAGGAAAAUAGAGAGAUUUCAGCUCCUGCUGUCUGGUAGGCCCCACAAGGCCUGGUCUGGGAGUGUAUGAAAACAGAAAUAAUCCUCAAUGUAAAAUGUCUCGUGUUUUUCUCUGUGAAUCUAUGGGUCUGGCUAGAAGGCCCAAAGCUUGUAAAUAUGGGGAUAGUCUGGGUCAGACCCAUCCCUUCCUCUCUUACUCAUUUUGCUUCCAAGACGAUUUGUAGUGAGUGAGUGGAUGCUGUGCUAUGUGUGAAAUCUGUCUUUGCCAGGCCUGUCUCAGUGAUUAGCUUUUGGUAUUUGUAGCUUUCCUUGAAGUCAAAUAAAUGUUUCCCCAACUCCA